GAUAAACUGUACGUUACUUCGAGGUAUUAAUCCUAACUACGGUAGUACUAUUAAUAGUUAAUGUCGCUAAAUGUGUCUAAUAAGUUAGGGUGGUUAAUGGUAUGGCGGUGGUCUAGAUCCACACAAAGGACCCCAUGGACUUGUCCUUGGCGGAAGAAGGUAAGUUCAUGGACGCACUCAUGCGAUCUGCGUGGUGGUGCCACGACGACGAUAUGUGAAAGCUGUGUCUUGGAGUAGUCGUCGCUUCUUCGGCUUGGACAGUGUACGACAUGCGCGGGAAUUGAACUCGAUGGGACGCGCUCAGAGGCCGCAUGGGGGGUUCGGAAUGCCGAUACGUGAUGUCGGGGAUGACGGGUGUCGUGACUUCUGCUUUCGUAAACGGUUUCAUGAAGAGCUGUGUGGACCACCAGUUCUUCUUCGUGUUGUCGGCGGUGGGCUUCUUGGGGGGAGGAUGCUGCUGCUUGGGCUCGAAGAACAUGCGAAUGCUGUUGAAGAGAGUGGACGGCGGGACGUCUGGGACGACUUGGGCGUCGGGCAGGUCUUCAUCUUCCAGAGCAAUAUCGUCGUCAUCGUCAAAGCUGUCGUCUUGUGUGAGCAUCGGCUUCUCUUCGUCCUCGUCGUUGCCCGCGACCGCUACGCCAGAAAUCUCGGGAGAGAAGUCUGGACUCAAAUGCGAAUGCACCAUGACUUUCCCAUCCAUAAAGGCAUGCUCCUCCACUGCAUGCAGCGCUUGAUGCCGGAUACUUCCAUCUUCAAACAGCGCGAGGAGCGCUUCGUCGUCAUGGACCCAUCGAAUUUCAUCGUCCUUGAGAUGGCAGAGGCGCAAGGCCGAUGAGGUUGGCGCCAUCGAUGCGAAGAGCUCCAUGAAGAAGGACCAUCCUGUGGCACACACGUAGUCCGCAUCGAGGAUCACGCGUGGGGUUCCAUAUGACUCGGGGAAGGUGACGGUGCACACGCGGCCGAGUGUCGACCCAUGCAGCUGUCCUUCGCCGCCCAUCGUGGGC